GUUUCUUGGCUUGAUGGUGAUGGCUGACUCGCUGUCGUCGCCCAUUCUGUACUUGACCGCGCAGGAAACCCUAGAAACUCAUAAAUCUGCGAAUAGAGGAACACUGCAAUUUACGUUUGGUGAAGAAUGUCGGGAGACGGACAGCAGGAGGACAAGAAGCCGGAGCAGGCUGCGCACAUUAAUCUGAAGGUCAAGGGCCAGGAUGGGAAUGAAGUAUUUUUCAGGAUCAAGCGCGGCGCGCUCCUAAAGAAGCUUAUGACUGCCUACUGUGAUCGCCAGUCUGUAGAUGCCAAUUCUAUUCGCUUUCUCUUUGAUGGUCGUAGACUCCGCGGCGAGCAAACACCAGCUGAGUUGGAUAUGGAAGAUGGCGAUGAAAUUGAUGCUAUGCUUCUCCAAACAGGGGGGGAUGUCUGAUCAUCUACGAUUAGGGGAUCUUAGUUGCUAUUUAUAGGAAUCAAAAUUUUAUCUUGUAAGUUUUGAAAGUUGGAUGAAGUCUAAAGUUGUGCUUUGCUCUUUGUUGGAAUCCAAUGGUUGGCCUUCUAUCUGAUUCCUUUUAUAAAUGUAUUAAUUUGAAUAGCUAAGAGAUGUCU